UGGAUUUAUCUCUCAACUCUUGAACCAGUUCACAGGUACUACCGCAGAAGAUCCUUUGGAGACCGUUUUUCUGAAUCCUAUGAUCUAUCCAUCCGAAAUUGAGACUUACGACCUGGGCUGAAAAACGUUUUCUCAUUAGGACGUUCGGGUCUGGAGGGUGUACAUCUGAUGUACCAAAGAAGAAUUUAUAUUGUGUUGGGUGGUCGUGUCAGACAAAUGAAGGCCGAUACCCCCUAUUUCAGACUCUUGAACCUAGAAGUGUCAAUUAAAAGAACAGGGUGUCAAGCGGUAUGAGGAGCAUAUUUCAAAAGCUGGAUUUCGCUUCGCGGCCUCCCCCAGCUUCAUCCUCCGGUGAUGCUUUCUACAUGCUAUUCACAGGCGUCGAAAUCGGUUCUUGUGCAAACUUGGAGCUAUUGAAGACCAUCAGCAGACAAAUACAGCGGAACUCUGGCGCUAGACAACUCCAGUUCCGCUGUUGGCACUCCUUUCGAUGGAGAGUUUACCUUCCCGGAGGCCAGGCCACUCGGUCGACCUUAUUUUCCCGUUCAUGGAAGACCGAACUGUGUUCUACUAUAUCAAACACCUCUCGCACGUAUUAUAGAGUUUCCAGACGCUCAUGUCGUCCACUUGGCGUUCGAGCAGAAAAACGCAACCAAGCAGCGCUCUUAAUCCGAACCUCUAGAAGCACGUCGCAUCACUUCACACUGUGUCGAAUUGAACACGAGGAGGGAACCACUCCCGUCUUUAUAUGCCUGUGAAAGAUUAUGUUCAACCCCACCCUUUCCUCACAAUAUGUAACUGACAAACUUUCUCGUACAGUAUAACCAGAAGUAGCCCGCCCAGCGUAUUUGUUCCAGCGCUAAGCACUCGGCCUCCGGAAAUUCUGGCCUCGUGGGUCGGCGAGAUGCUUUCCUAUAGGUUGGCUGGUAUGAAGAUGGUAUGGUUCCUUCGAUUAUUAUCAACGAGCGUGAAGAACAUCGAGUGAGAUGGUAUAAAGUCUCGUUCACCGACGAGAAUUGGAUGGGUAUGUAGUAAGACUCUUUUGAUGGGCAGUAAUCGUGAGGGUUAGAUUCGAGCUCUCCUGCCUCUAUCGAUCUCCACUAAGCCAC